CUUGGAUACCUUUAGAAAGACUCUUGUUAUUACAUUCUUGUUAUUACAUCUCAGAGUGAAUAAUUUAUGUUUUUAGAAUAGGUUUGGGGACUGAAGGACUCAGGGUGAGAGAUCUUAUCAAAGAUCUGCUUCCUCAAUUUCCCUAUUUCUUUCUCUAAACCGGAUUUCAGUGCACAUCAUGACAGAUGCUCCAGUGACCUUCAGUGGGACUACGUGCAAUGGGGACAGACCACCUGAGAAUGACCAACAACACAACAGUCAAACCAAGGAGGACACAGCUGAUGUAGAUGGGACCCCACCACCCUGCAGCUUUGAACCCAGUCCUAAAGACUUAUCCAUACAAGAUCAGGAAGAAAGUGGAAAAUCUAAAAGGAACGUGCUACCAAAAUGGCCCAUGGAUGAGAAAACUCUCAAUGAAGACCCUGAAGAGAGCCUCCUUGUUGUUCACAAGGCCAUCACAGAUCUUUCUCUCCAAGAAGCAAGUGCUGAGGACAUGGUAUUCAGAGAAGGUCAUCAGUGGAAGAAGAUUCCUCUGAGCAGCAGUUACCAGGAGAUAAGUAGACCAAAAGAAAGGAUUGUGCACCAACCUCUAGAGCAGAGAGAUGAGAACAUGGCUUACCAGGCACCCGAGAUUAAAUGGUUGGGAUUUAAGAAGCCUAGCCAAGGCGAUGUGAUACAUUCUAAACAUGCUGAGGAGCAAGAGGUUUGGAUGGAAGAAAUUGAUGAGGAUGACGUUGAGGAUUGCAAUGAUGAUGAAGACCAAGUUCGAGUAAUAGAAUUUAAGAGAAAAUAUGAAGAUUCUCAAUUGAAAGAGGAAGUCGAUGCAAGUGAGGACUCCCCGCUGAGCAGCCCCAGCUCUCAACCAGUGACACCUGAUGAGCAACCAAUGUUCGGAAAGAAGGGAGAUAUCUCCAGAAAUGCUUAUUCAAGAUACAAUACGAUAUCCUAUCGGAAAAUCAGGAAGGGGAACACCAAGCAAAGAAUCGAUGAGUUUGAGUCAAUGAUGCAUUUAUAAACUAACCGAUGCUGAGAAAUCUCAUGACACUAAAGCAAAGCUAACUCUGUUGUGCUCAGAUGAAUCUUUCUUCUCUUUAUUUGAGUUAUCCGCAUGAAAGAUGUGUAAGCUUACUCUUUUUCACUAUAGAAUAUCAUGGAAAUAACCUUGGAUAAAUUCAUUCUGGUAACAUGACAUCAAAAAAAUUCACUCUUGGGUAUUUGCUUUUAAAGGAAUCACUAAUAUAGUAUUAUGUGGUUAGCAUUAGAGAAAGACCCACUGGUAAGUGUGGCAUGGCUUGGCUUUAAAAGUAGUAGUAAAAAAAGAACUAUUGAAAUGAAUAUAAUAAUUCUUCUGGUGUCUUUCUUCCGUUGGAGCAAUGGGAAGCUUGGGAUUAAACACCUCAUUUAAACAGAGUUUUAUAGAUUCUGGCACUAAAUUAUUUUGCCUUACCAAUUGUCUUAAAAAAUCAUAUGUCCUGUUGCUGGAGAGAUAGCUCGGUGGCUAAGAGCACUGAUUGCUCUUGCAGAAGACCCAGUUUCAGUUCUCAGCACCCACACGGUAGCUAACAAC